GCGGCGGCCGGGGAAGAUGGUGGAGGACGGCGCGGAGGAGCUGGAAGAUCUGGUGCAUUUCUCCGUGUCCGAGUUGCCCAGUCGCGGCUACGGCGUCAUGGAGGAGAUCCGGCGGCAGGGCAAGCUGUGCGACGUGACGCUUAAGAUUGGCGACCACAAAUUCAGUGCUCACCGGAUCGUCUUAGCAGCCUCCAUCCCAUACUUCCACGCGAUGUUUACAAACGACAUGAUGGAGUGCAAGCAGGACGAGAUUGUGAUGCAAGGCAUGGACCCAAGCGCCCUGGAGGCUCUGAUCAACUUUGCCUACAACGGCCACCUUGCCAUCGACCAGCAAAAUGUCCAGUCAUUGCUGAUGGGGGCGAGUUUCCUGCAGCUGCAGAGCAUCAAAGACGCCUGCUGCACGUUCCUCCGAGAACGGCUUCACCCAAAAAAUUGCCUGGGUGUGCGCCAGUUUGCUGAGACAAUGAUGUGCGCUGUGCUGUAUGACGCGGCCAACAGCUUCGUCCACCAGCACUUCGUGGAGGUGUCCGUGUCGGAGGAGUUCCUGGCCCUGCCCUUGGAAGACGUGCUGGAGCUGGUGUCUCGGGAUGAGCUGAACGUCAAGUCCGAGGAGCAGGUCUUUGAAGCCGUGCUGGCCUGGGUCAGGUACGACCGGGAGCGGAGAGGCCCCUGCCUGCCCGAGCUGCUGUCCAACAUCCGCCUGCCCCUCUGCAGGCCCCAGUUCCUGUCGGACCGCGUACAACAGGAUGACCUGGUGCGCUGCUGCCACAAAUGCAGGGACCUGGUAGAUGAAGCCAAGGACUAUCACCUCAUGCCAGAGCGCCGGCCCCACCUGCCGGCUUUCCGGACUCGGCCUCGCUGCUGCACAUCCAUCGCUGGGCUUAUCUAUGCCGUGGGCGGCCUCAAUUCAGCAGCAAAUUUUUAUGCAGGUGAUUCCCUGAACGUGGUGGAAGUGUUCGACCCCAUCGCCAAUCGCUGGGAGAAGUGCCAUCCCAUGACGACAGCCCGCAGCCGUGUGGGUGUGGCUGUGGUGGACGGGCUUCUCUACGCCAUCGGGGGCUAUGACGGCCAGCUUCGGCUGAGCACUGUGGAGGUCUACAACCCCGAGACGGACACUUGGACCAGAGUGGGGAGCAUGAACAGCAAGAGAAGUGCCAUGGGGACAGUCGUGCUGGACGGGCAGAUCUACGUCUGCGGGGGCUAUGAUGGCAACUCCUCUCUCAACUCUGUGGAGACCUACUCGCCUGAGACGGACAAGUGGACAGUGGUGACCCCGAUGAGCUCGAAUCGCAGCGCUGCUGGGGUCACAGUCUUUGAGGGCAGGAUUUAUGUGUCGGGCGGCCACGACGGUCUGCAGAUCUUCAACAGCGUGGAGCACUACAACCACCACACGGCCACCUGGUACCCUGCCGCGGGCAUGCUCAACAAGCGCUGUCGGCACGGGGCCGCCUCUCUGGGGAGCAAGAUGUUUGUCUGUGGGGGCUACGACGGCUCUGGCUUCCUCAGCAUCGCCGAGAUGUACAGCGCUGUAGCAGACCAGUGGUGCCUGAUUGUGCCCAUGCACACGCGCCGGAGCCGCGUCUCCCUGGUGGCCAGCUGUGGGCGCCUCUACGCUGUGGGGGGCUAUGACGGACAGUCGAACCUCAGCUCAGUGGAGAUGUACGACCCCGAGACGGACUGCUGGACAUUUAUGGCCCCCAUGGCAUGCCAUGAGGGAGGGGUCGGCGUGGGCUGCAUUCCCCUCCUCACCAUCUGAGGCAGAGGACGGGGUGCGGUGGGGCAGGGAUCUGGUACAAACAUGGCACUUCCGUCCGGGGACUGUCCCUCUCGGGGGAGGCGGUAGACCAGAAGACGGGGUGAAAUGUGAGCUCACCAGAGGUACAGUUUUUCCAGGUGCUUAAGUCCUCCCUCACUGUGCUGCCCUGUGACCUUCAGGUCUAGGUCAUCAAGGUGCACAGCAUGGGACAGAAGCCUGCCUGGGUCCCGCAGCUGGUGACACAUGACUGCUUUGAUGGUCCACACAUACACAGGCUCCAUCCAAGCGCAGGUCCCACCUGCACAGCUCUGAGCCACCCCCGGGCAGACGGCCUUCCGUCUUACACUCCUCCCCUGCUGUUCUCCAGCCACGUGGUGGCCAAUUUGUGACGGGGCGGCUGCAGCAGCCAAGCCUGUUGGAAGUUGGGGUGCGGCUGGGAGAGGACAACACACCCCACAUGUCUCACUGCCUGCGAUGAUGCAGCUGCAGGAAGGCGCUCGGUUGCACGCAAGCACCUCCUUCGGUCCUAGGGCACAGGCUUUGGUCCUUGGUGGUGGGUGAACAGGGAGGAGAGAAGCUUUUCCUGUGUCUAGUGUUGGGAUUUCAGUGAGGUCUUCUUCAUGUUAUUCAGGAGAAACAGAAGAAAAAGAGAUACUUGAAAGAAACUGAAGGAAAUUUAAACACUUGAAAGAAACUGCAAAGAAAAAUACUUUUUAAAAGGUGAACAUUUUUUGCAAGAAGAAAACAUUUUUUUAAAAAAGACACUAAAGGGAAAUAAGGGUUUUAAAUAGAAAACCACCCGACAUGAAAAGGGCGGUGACCACUCCCACUCGGAUCCCAGGGUCCUGAGGCCUCGCGUAGCACUCGGGGUUCCCUCUGAGCCCCAGCGUGUCUGGAACCGGCGCGCUCGACUGGUCCUGUAGCCAGGUGCUCAUGGGUUUGUCUUCACACCCAUCAUCAGAGGACUUUUUUAAUCGUAGGCUUAGAGAGUCGGCUGAAUUACUGCCGCUGUUCCAGGCGGGGGCUCCCAGCUGGUCACUGGAAGCUUCGGGUGCCCCUGUGGGCACCUCCCACUGCCACCAGGGCUCUCAUUCAGACUCCCCAGCCCCGCUUUCAUGUCUUUCUUAUUUGACCAGCAGGAAAUAGCACGUCUGGUCAGACUCACUUGCCUGUCUGUCAUUCUGAGAUAGCUGUCCUCGCUGUGAUGCUCCUGGGGCACAUCACAUUUGUACCUCUGGAGCCUGACCAAGGACUUGGUCCUUCCACCAGCCGUGGUGGGCUUGGUCCGGUCACCCUGUCUACCUGCCAGCCCACUGCUCCUCCAUCCACUUGCCAAUUCCAGGGGCCUGGCCUCCCUCCAGCCCUUGGCAGGCUGACCAGCAAGGUGGACAUUUACACUCAAGCAAAGCUGGCUCUGUGAUGGGAAGAAGUAAAGGACCAAGGGACUGCUUGCUGCUGCAAAGAACAGAUUUCACGUUUCUUCCUCUGAUCUUAGGAAAUGACCUCUUGAAGACACUCCAAGCUCCAUCCUUCUCCUCCCUGGAUGGGACCUCCAUGUAGCACAGCAGGACCAGAAAGGAGGACACCUUGUAUUACCAGUGCACUGAGCAGUGGGGCUGUCCGUCAACUGCUGCUGCCAAAUGUGUUCUACAGUGCUUCCGGGAAGAGGAAAGGGAGUACAGUUAUUUCAAUGCAAGACUGGGUCUUAGGGUCCCAUCUCCGCUGGGCGGCGUGUCUGUUGCUGCCUGCCCAGAGUAGGCCGGAAGCCUGUUCAGAAAGGCACGAUGUGGAGUCUGAGAUGUCUUCCGCCCUAGGCCCAGGGGGGUUACCAGGCUGCGCCGUCACCGUGUACGCAGGGGGAAGUACCUUUUUUACCUGCCACUUAGGCGCUGGGCCUCUGUUACAAGCACUUGAAAAUGAUGUCUUGUUUUUUUGUUUUUAACGACUCAACAAUCUGAUAUAGUUUAGCCUGGGCUCCUGGAGGAGCUCUGACAUUCCUCGCUCCCUCUCAGUUUGCCUACCGAGGCAGACUCAAAGGAGGCUGGCGCCUGCGUUUCCCGGUGGAGAGCAGAGGAUCAGUGCUCAUCUUCCUAUAGGAAGCCCCUUCUGUUGUGUGUCUGAGCAGCACUGACGAGCCUGGAUU